AGAGUGGGACAGAGCUGGACUAGAAGCUGGCAGACUUCAGGGUCCUGGUGAGAUGCACGCAUGUUUGCUCAGUGCCUCUUUGGCUGCUUCUUCCUUGCAGGAUUUGAGUCAACUGCCUGGUCAGGAUGAGCUGGAGUUUCCUGACGCGGCUCCUGGAGGAGAUCAACAACCACUCGACCUUCGUGGGCAAGAUUUGGCUGACUGUCCUCAUUGUGUUCCGCAUCGUGCUGACGGCCGUGGGGGGCGAGUCCAUCUACUACGACGAGCAGAGCAAGUUUGUCUGCAACACGCAGCAGCCGGGCUGUGAGAACGUCUGCUACGACGCCUUUGCGCCCCUAUCCCACGUCCGCUUCUGGAUCUUCCAGAUCAUCAUGGUGGCGACGCCAUCGGUGCUCUACCUGGGCUUUGCCAUGCACCGCAUCGCUCGCAUGCCAGAGUCCUCACGGCGCCGGACACCGGCAGCCCGGCGGGCGCGCAUGCCGGUGGUGCGCCGGGGAGCCGGGCGAGACUACGAGGAGGCGGAAGAUGACAAUGAAGAAGACCCCAUGAUCUUUGAGGAGAUCGAGGUGGAGAAGGAGAAGAGCCCAGAGGGCGGAGAGAAGCAUGAUGGCCGACGCCGUAUCAAGCAGGACGGGCUGAUGCGUGCCUAUGUCCUGCACUUGCUGUGCCGCUCAGUGCUGGAGAUGGUUUUCCUCUUCGGGCAGUACCUGCUGUACCGCUUUGAGGUGAGCCCCUCCUACGUCUGCAGCCGCAGCCCCUGCCCACACACUGUCGACUGCUUUGUGUCCCGCCCCACUGAGAAGACCAUCUUCCUCCUCAUCAUGUAUGGUGUCAGCGGGCUCUGCCUCUUCCUCAACCUCUGCGAGCUCUUGCACCUUGGUGUGGGGCGCAUCCGUGAUGCCCUGAGCCAGGCUGAUGGUCCCCCACUCCCAGCUGGCGACAGCCCCGCACCACAAUAUCCCAAGAAAGCCCCCAGCGCCCCCCCCACCUAUCACUCGCUGAAGAAGGAGCUGCCACAAGCCCCGCUGACCAGCGGCAAGCUGGACUACCGGGAGAGCCUGGCCCAGGGGCGCUUUGCCCUGGCUGGAGCUCCCCCGGUGCACGAGCUGGACCGGCUGCGUGAGCACCUGCGUCUAGCCCAGGAGCACCUGGAGGUGGCCUUCCACCUUCAGCCCCCACCGCGGCCCCCCAGUCCUGCCCGCAGCAGCAGUCCCGAGGCCAAUGGCAUCGCUGCUGAGCAGAACCGCCUCAACCUCGCCCAUGAGAAGGGGACCGCCGCCUGUGACAGGACCACGGGGCUGUGAGUGCUGCCGGGGACAACAGCGGUGUCUGCUGGACUGGCUGCCACCGCCAUCGUGGGAUAGGCAUCCUGCCAGGAGCACAGGGUGAAGGAUGUCACACACCUGCCCAGUGGGGCAGUCUAGGCAGCACUGUCCCAGUGGGCAGCAGAGGGAUCGGGGGCUGUGGGGUUCAUUCCUACUUAAUUUUCAAAAAGGGAAUAUCUUAUUUUUGUACGUUUUUAUAAACUCAUCAACAUGUGCACCCUGGCAUUUUUAUACUCCAUCCCAAUCUCCACUCUGGGCCUGUGCCCUCCCCCAUCUCCUGUUUCACCCACUUUUCCCACACCCAUUUUCCCCAGCAUGUUGUCCUCACCCCUCCCUGUGCUCCCCAUGCCCUUUGCCACUCACGGCAGCACCCACUGGUGCUGUGCAUGUGCUGGUGAUUUUGGUACUACCCCCUGAGAUGUGGGGGACUUAGGGGAGCAGGCUGGGAGUCUGGCUGGCCAGGCCAAGCUGUGGGACUGAGUGCUGGGCUUGGAUUACUCUUGGAGGAGGUGGGAGGGGUCCUGGUGGCACUGUGCUGCCAGAAAAUGACUUUGUGGCCUGGGGGGCCAUGCUGCACAGCAUCCUGGCACGGGGCUAUGAGUUGCGGGGCUGGCCUGCUUGGAAAUGUCUGUGUGGAGGUCGGGAGCUGUCGUUCCCACUGCCUCCGCCCUGUCCUGGCAGGCUGCCCUUGGACCAAAACUUGUCUCCUCCCACUCUGGCCACAGGGCUGGGACCCUCUGCACGGAGCCAGACCCUGGCCUCACAGUGUGGGGACGUGGUGCCCCGAGCUGGGCUCGGCCGAGAGCCAGUGGAGCAUUCCUCAUCAUCUCAGCCUGGGUCACAUGGGGACUUUUGUAGCGUUGUUUUUUACUUGGAAAUGAUUGUCACUCUGGUUUUUUUUUUUUAAUAUCUAUAUUAGUAAAGGCUGAAGACGUUUUGUACUGAACUGCUGCAUCCGCUUAUUUGGGAGGAAGGGGUGGGAAGGGAAUCCUGUGCGUCUGGGCUGGCGCUGCCGUGCAUGCCUUGGGACCUCCCUGCUGCCCAGGGUGACUCAGUUGUUCCUGCCGUGCGGAGGCAGCUGUGGCCGGGGCAGCCUUCAUCGUCCUGCUGGAGAGGGAUUGCACUGGCCACAUUCCUGUUUGGCCCUGUCACUGUCAAGGGGCCAGGUGAGGGGUUUUCCUCUGCCUUCCCAUCCUUCCACCUUGUCUCCCCAACCCUCUGCUGCCCCUGUUCCUGCACAACCUGUUGCCCUGAGCAGAAGGGAUGUUGCUUUCCACAAAAAGUGGAAAUGGAACAAUUUCCACAAAAAGUGGAAAUGGAAAUGGAGUGGUCUCCACUCCCCUGCCUGGGGCAGGAUCAAACCCAGCCACCAUGCCCAUUUUGGUAAGCAUACUCCAGUCCCCUCUCUGGUACCCCAAAU